GGUUUGUAGUCCGCCAGAGAGCAGAAGAAGAGAGGACCGAGCUGUCCUCGGACCGUCUCCUGUCAGCCUCUCGUUAUUAUGGCUCUUCUUAAACCAUGGAGACCGUGUGGCGCCUUGUGUCGCUGACCGCCCCCACAGUGCGACUCUUCUCCGGACUCACGGACUACAGGAAUGCCCUAAAGACUACAAAGAUGGAGGAGAAAGCGUUAGAAGUGUACGAUGUGAUCCGCUCGAUCCGGGACCCGGAGAAGCCCAACACCCUGGAGGAGCUGGACGUGGUGACGGAGAGCUGUGUGGAGGUGCGGGAGCUGGGGGAGGAGGAGUACCUCAUCAUCAUCAAGUUCUCCCCCACCGUCCCUCACUGCUCCCUGGCCACGCUCAUCGGUCUGUGUCUACAGGUGAAGCUGCAGAGAUGUUUACCUUUCAAACACAAGCUGGAGAUCUACAUCUCAGAGGGAACGCACUCCACUGAGGAGGAUAUUAACAAACAGAUCAACGAUAAGGAGCGAGUGGCCGCAGCCAUGGAAAACCCCAACCUGAGGGAAAUCGUGGAGCAGUGUGUGACCGAGCCAGACGACUGAGAGAGAGAGAGUGUGUGUGUGUGUGUGUGUGUGUGUGUGUGUGUGUGUGUGUGUGUGUGUGUGUCCACGGUUCCUGAAGACAGUAUCCAGAGGGUUCCUGAGUGUCUGCACAAUGCUCCACGUGUCGACGUGAACACUGAGAAUACAGUCCUGAUGGAAGCUUGAGUAGAGCCACAGGUGUGUGUGUGUGUGUGUGUGUGUGUGUGUGUGUGUGUGUGUGUGUGUGUGUGUGUGUGUGUGUGUGUGUGUGUGUGUGUGUGUGUGUGUGUGUGUGUGUGUGUGUGUGUGUGCGCGCGCGUGCGUGGACUUUCCCAUCAUGCACUGCUGCGCUCAGGUGAAGUGGACCAGCGUCUUCAUGUGAAUUAUAUCUUGAAGUGAUUCUUUUCAGAGCCGAUGUGAUUAUUGACAAUCUAAAAUGAAAGUCUACGUUAACGAGGCGCUGCGUCUGAGUGGUGAAUGAUCUGCAGAAUACAGACAUCAUUAUGGUGUAUAUAUAUAUUAUAUUCUCUCCUGUUUAUUACCAGCGCUCCCAGUUGAUGAAGUGUGUUUAAGGUGUUUGAACGGCCUCCUGUUAUCUCUCUUUGUUGCUGUUUGAACGACUCGUCUCAUUUUCUCCCAGAUAUUAUGUUUCCCCCUGACGCAGCGUCCUCGUGUGUCCCGAUCAAUAAAGUUUUAUCUCCUGACGAAGACGGAAACAAUACAGAGAGAAAAACUCUGGGUUUACCGAGUUUAAAGAUGUAUAUUCCUGGAAAUAAAGAGGAAUAUUCUCAGAAUUUAGUUUUAAAUUUAAGAAAUAAAAAAGAAAAACGUUUUUUUCUCGUAAACUUAAGAUUUUGGAAAUGCUGACUUUUUUUCGGUAAACUUGAUCCUUCUUAAUCUUUUAAUUGUUACUGAAAUGUACGACUUUGAUCUGGAAGAUGUUUAACACAUUUAUAAUUUCAGAUAAAAUGUUCUUACUCUGACAUUUUGUAAUCUCAUAAAAUUAUCCCGUUUUGUUCUUUUGUGAUUUUCUUUGCUUAAUUUCAGAGAAUUGUCCAAUUUAUAAUUUGAACGUUAAUUAAAAAAUGUUUUUCUGAAUUAA